AUGAAAUUAAAACUUUUAAUCUUAUCCAUAGUCGCCGUUCAUAUCAUAAAUGCAUAUCCUAAUCAGAAGCAAUUGCAUACAAUUAACUUAGAAAAAAGAAGGUUUAUUGUGGCCAAUAACGAAAAUCCAAUUGAUAUUGCAAAGAGUAUAAGGCAAGGAGUCAUAAAGAAAUACGCUAGCUAUGGAACAACUUCUAACAAUGAAACAUCUUCCAAUGUAACAACUUCUAACUAUGAAACAUCUUCCGAUGUAGCAACUGCAUCCAACGAAAUAACCCCUGACAAAAAGAAAGACCAAUGCACCUUAAUUGUAAACGAUAUCCCGCAAGAUAUUGGCUAUUAUGUAAAGAUCGCUAUUGGAGAACAAGAAUUCAAAGUUCUUUUAGAUACCGGGUCUUCAAAUCUCUGGGUUCCAAAUAAGAAUUGUACAACAAUUUUUUGUCAAAGUACUAAUAAAUUCGAUCCAAGUAAAUCAAAAACUUUUAUUCAAGAAGGUAAUCCUUGGUCUAUACAAUAUGGCUCUGGUUUUGCCUCUGGUAUUACCGGAAUAGAUAAUAUUAAAAUUGGAUGCGUUACUGCUGACAAACAAAUUUUUGGCCUUGCAGAUGGUAUAAUCUCUAUAUACGAAGAAUUUGAUGGAAUUUUAGGUCUAGCUUUUGACAGUUUGAACACUAUAGAUAAUGGCGCUCCAACUUUAGUCUCUACUUUGAUUAAACAAAAGAAAAUUAGUCCAAUUUUUAGUUUUCAUUUUCAACAUGCUUCAGAUCACGAUGAUAAAGGAGUUUUUGUUUUGGGUGGUAUUGAUAAAAAUAAAUUUAAUGGAACAAUUACAUUUAGCUCUUUAAUUAGUCCAAAGGGAUUACCAAAAGGAUUUUGGGCAAUAAAGCAAGAUGAUGCACUCGUUAAUGGCAAGCCAGUGAUUUCUUCCGCGAGGACUGCAAUCAUUGACACUGGCACUACAGCUCUUGUGAUACCUUCGAGUGACGCUGCGGCAAUUCAUGAAAAAAUUCCAGGAUCCAAAAUUAAUGACGACAAAGAUUUAUACUUUAUCCCAUGCAAUACCACUGCUGUGGUUUCCCUUAGAUUUGGAGGUGUUGAUUUUUCAAUCCCCUCCAAAGAUUUAUUUUUAUCACAAAAUGGCGCUCAAUGCGUAUCAGCCAUUAUUCCCGCAGAUCUUUUUCCCGUUUCUAAUGUUUGGCUCGUUGGUCAAACUUUCAUUAAGAAUGUAUAUUCAGUAUUUGAUGUGGGAAACAAAAAAGUUGGAUUUGCAAAUAGUAAAUAA